GAAUGCAUGGACCUGUAUGGUUCCAAUGGAAGCAAAAACAGAGCUCCCAGAUCCCCAAGAUUCAUCAUUCAAGACUCAGGGCAGAGAAUGUAAUCUGGAAUAUUUAUGUCACAAUAUCAGCGUGCUCUGCAACUUUACACGCCCCCACGGCAAUGGCAAGAGCAAGGCAUCCACUAUUUAACGAGGAUGCAGGCACGCCGAGCCCGUGUCCUGUGCAGAACAGAGUCUGUGUUCCAGAGAGAUGGAGGCAGAGUGUCCCAGUCUCAGCAUUUUCAUACCAGAAGAAUGGUCGGAAGCUGCGGAUGCCAUAGCCUACGAUUCCACCACUUCGCCGCCUCCCAUUGCCCUGAUCUGCGGCGCCAAGAACUGCGGCAAAACCACCUUCUCCCGUCACCUCCUCAACACUUUCCUCUUGAGGUACAGGAAAGUAGCUUAUUUAGAUACAGAUGUUGGGCAGCCGGAGUUCACUCCUCCUGGUUGUAUAUCCCUGAUUGUAAUUGUCAAAAUAACUCCAGAUUUGACAAUUCCGUGCCUGAAAACACCAGAAAGAUCCUUUUUCUUUGGUGACGUGUCUUCAAAAAAGGACCCAGCAGCAUACAUGAAUUAUAUAUUUGCUCUGUAUGAUUACUAUAAAGACGAGUUUCGCAUGUUUAACAAGAGCAAAAACCCUGGCAGAACUGAGUUGCCCCUUGUUGUUAAUACCCCUGGCUGGGUGAAAGGUAUUGGUUAUGACUUACUAGUGGACAUGGUGAGAUAUAUUGCUCCUACCCAUGUCGUAAAGAUUGGCAUAUCUGCUGAGGGAAAAAAUCUUCCAGCCGGGGCAUUUUGGUUGGACAGAGAUGAUGAUGGAACUCACACUCUAAUUGAAAUUAACUCAGCACGUCAAGAAUCUUCUAAUAGGGUACAAGUACGAAGGGAUGCACACCUUCUGCGAGAUUUACGGAUAAUGGCUUAUUUCAGGCAAUGCAUCCCAAGUGAUCUGAAUGUCUCCACAAUGAAAGAAUUUGUGCAUACAUUAGCUUCUCACCUUCCUUAUGAGAUUCACUUCUCAAAAAUCAAGAUUAGAUAUCUCCAUUGCAGGAUCCCAAGUACGGAAAUCUGCCAAAGUUCAAAGGCUACCAUUAUUGGUUUGGCAAUUAGCUCUGAUGAUGCUGAACACUUACCCGAGUGUGUUGGUCUUGGGAUUGUAAGAGGCAUCGACACAUUCAGGCAGUUGCUCUAUGUUAUUUCACCUGUUCCACAGAGCACCCUAGAGAAGGUGGAUCUUAUUCUGCAGGGGCUCAUCCAAAUCCCUACUUGUUUGUUGCAGGCUGCUGAUCAUGACGCCUUCCAUAUGUUCUGCCUACAAGCUGGCAGAUGCACAGAUGGUGGUGCCCUGAAAAGUUUUCCACACACUUCCCUUUGUGGUGAUGAGCUGGUUACUUCCAAAGCUUGCAAGCUUUCAAGGGAUGAGCACUAGAGCUACUGGUCUCAGCCACAUAAUUAUGUCUAAUGUUUUCGCACGGCCCCUGAAUGACGAAUUAUCCUGGAGAACAGGGGCUUUUUUCAUUAAACAAAAUUCAGAAGUGAGGCUUUGUUUUAAAUGUGAUACUGAACCUAUUGGAUCAAAUAUAAUAAAUAUACAUAACCAGAUUGCACCAA